GUGGGUGCACUCAUGUGUGUAUGUAGGAAAUAUUGUAAUCCUGCCACAGUAAAGAGGCAAGCUAAGGACACAAACACAGACACUGAUAGAGCAGCGUUACCAGCAGUACCAGUCAUGAGUUCAGCUCUGUAUCUGGUCCUGCUUUUCUCAGCUCUGUGGACGCUCUCCUUCUGUGCAACUCGUCAGUUUUAUGUGGUGAAUGAAAGAAAGUCCUGGACCAAAGCUCAGAACUACUGCAGAGAGAAAUACACUGACCUGGCCACCAUUGAGAGCAAGGAGGAGAUGAACGCUGUAACAGCUGUUGUCAAAGGGACAGCAGGCCGUAUCUGGAUAGGACUGAGACAGAAAUAUCCAAAGAGCAGCGCUGUCUGGAUCUGGUCAGAUGGGAGUAACUCCUCAUACAGAUACUGGAACAAUGGAGAGCCAAACAACGGUGUGGGUAAUGUCUGUGUGCAGUUAUGGAAAAGCCCUGAAUACAGGUGGAAUGAUGACUACUGCACUCGCUCAAAUCCAUUUAUCUGCUAUAAAAAGCUUCCGCUCCUCCUGAUUAAUCAGAAGAAGACGUGGAGAGAAGCUCUGAGAUACUGCAGAGUGAAUCAUGUGGAUCUGGUUUCUGUUCACACUGAGGAAAUCCAGCACUGGGUGGAAACAGCUGUUUAUUAUGCCUCCACUGCUAAUGUGUGGAUGGGUCUGCGUCACACCUGCACCCUGAAUAUCUGGUUCUGGGUGAAAGGAGAGUUCAUCUGCUACCAGAACUGGGCUCUGGGGAACGGGACAGGGGUGGAAGACUGCAGUGGAGGAGAAAGAACAGGAGCGGUGCAGUCUGGGAGUAAGCAGUGGGUCAGUCUGCCAGAGAAUCAGAGACUCAACUUCAUCUGCACUGUUUAGGGUGAGACAGAGGACUGAAUGUCUGUCAACAGCUACAUAUUGAUGGUGAAAGAAAUACCAACUGAUCCUGUUUGCUCCUUCACGUAUAACUGGGACAGUGGUAUGUUUUGUUAUCAUUGUUAAAGGCUUCAGCAACAUGUUUCAAAUGUAUUCUGAUAUGAAGGUUAUUUCCUGCAGUAAUUCGUGGGGGUUUUUAAUUCACUUAUAUGCUAAAGACUUUUACUCUCAUUAUUCAUUCAUACAUUCAUAAAAAGUUUCCAAACUACAAACGUGUGAAUGUGUGCUGAUAUAAAUAUUCUCAAAGCGUUAAUUAAAGUACUCAAGAAUCAAACAUUAGGUUUAAUUUAGGCUAUAUAUAACAUAUCCAAUGACUGAGCUUCUGCCUACAAACUACAAUCAUCACAGUCCGAGCACAUAAAGCAAAUAUAGGGUUUUUAGCAGGUAGAACAGAUUACAGCCAGGCAGGGAUUUUAGAAUGGGCUCUGUUUUAUUUAUUUUUAAUUAUUGUUGAUUAAAAAGAUUUUUACCAGAUUGAUGUUUUGACUUUGGUAUGAAAAACAACAGAUUUUUACAAAUCGUGUUUACCUAUAUUAAAUUUGCCAGUGCUGGACAGUAACUGAGUAAAUGUAAUUGGUUUCUGUACUUAAGUAGUUUUUUUCAUGUAUUUAU